UCGCCGGCGACGCUUUGCCGGUUGCGCGUGCUCUCUCCAACGUUGUUGACUGCCUUAUCACUCACCCUAACGUUCUUAAUGCUGCAAUGCUCUACUGGCCCUUGCCUAAUACAUUAUAUGUUGAAGGUUAUGCUCUGGACCGCUUUGCAGAAGGAUUAUGGGCCUUACAGCCUGUUCACCAAAACAGGGUGGGGUUAGUUCUUGAUGCUGGAAUUGAGAAGGAGCUUCAGAUUCGCCAGUUGCAAGUAGCUGAUGCUGCAAGGGCUUCCCUUGGAUUGAAUGUUGUGGAAUAUAUUGUCACUGACACUCCACUCAAGGUAGAGAAGUGGGUUGAUCCAGAAAGUGGACAAUCAACAGGGAGGAUUAAACACCCCGAUUCUUUACUUAGAGCUGUAGAAACUUUAGCAAACCGGUCGCAAGUAAAUGCCAUUGCUGUUGUUGGACGCUUUCCAGAUGAUGAUAUUGAAGAGGUAGAUGACUAUCGGCAAGGAAUGGGAAUAGACAAUUUGGCAGGUGUUGAGGCAGUUAUUAGCCAUCUGGUUGUUAGGACUUUCCAAAUUCCUUGUGCACAUGCUCCUGCACUAUCUCCUUUUUCCCUUAGCCCAUCUCUAUGCCCAAAAUCAGCUGCCGAGGAGAUAGCUAGGUUAUACGUUCCUACCAUGUGUGCUUGCUGGCUUAAGCAAUGCUCCACAAUACUUGGUGAAGAACUCUGAUUCUAUGGAGAGAUGCUGCAUACUGGCAAGUGAUGUGGAUUCUGUUAUCCUUCCUAAAGAUGCAUGUGGAGGGGAAGGAGCUCUUGCUUUUGCAAGAAGUAGAAAAA